UUUUUUAUUGUUCUGAUCCGCAGAUUUUUUUUUGUUUAUGUGGUUCAUUUUUUUGAAGGUGAUGUGGAAAAUCUUACUGAAAAUAGUUGGUAUCGCCAGCUUGUGUGCCUGUUCUCCUCUAGUGAAAGUGAAAACGUCUCCUCACGCAAGUUUCUCCAGCUCAUCAGCCACAGUUUACUCAAACGGCUGUUGUGGGCAAAAUGGCAAGCUGCUGGUUCACAAGCAUGAACACAAACACAAGCAUGUUCAUAAGCACUUGAAGGCCGUGAAUAAUAAUAAGCAAAUACCCAUGAAGAAGGAUCAUUUUGACUUUGGGGACUUUAAUUGGCAGGAUUUUGAUUUUAAUGAUUUCCCAUUUGAGCUGAGUUCACUUGGACAUGAGCAGAAGACUGGGAAGAAAAUUACACCAGGAAGUAAGGAGGCAAGGAGCCCAAGUGUUGCCAAUCCUUGGAGUUACAGGGGUAAUAAUCUUGGCUGGAACCUAGGUUAUUUGGGCAGCCAUAGUAGCAGCAGUUACAGCAGCAGCAGUAAGGCCGCACCCUUACGAUCAAACGCGACAUCUAGGGGAGGGAGACGCGAACCGUGGAAGCGCGCAAACACAGGGGGUACGCGAACACCAGACGGGCUGGCGCCACAAACACAUGUUUGCAAGACACGGUGGAACCAGGUACACGUGGAGGAUGAUGACAAGGCGGAAGUGAUUGGACGAGGAAUCGGAGCGCGGAAGGAAGGGGCAUUCUGA